AUGUCAACAGCAUCAGGGCCACAAGAUGCAGAUGUGUCCCUUUACCUGCAUGCCGAGCUUCUCCCCAACAUCCGCCAAAUCACCCUCUACGUUUCGCUUCCCCAAAUCCCUGCUUUAGAAGCGAUCCGACCGGAGAUCCAGCUGUCAGAAUCAUGCAAAUUUGUCACCGUCUCACUUUCCAAGCCAUUUGAUCAUGUGGCAGAAACUAUUAAGCUACCAGCUCGCGUCACGGACGCGACGAGGCGGACCUUGAAUAUCAACACGGCUGUCUCUAGCCCAGGAAAACCCACCAGUGGCGGGUAUGACUACUCAGUCAGAAUGCAUAUUGACCCUAGUGACCCGGUACUCGCACCCCGGGAUGAACUAAUCGAUGACUAUGUACCCUGGACCGCAGCAGAUAUGUCAUCUUUGACACGAAUUCGAUGUCGUGGAUGCGGCACGCCCUUCUUGAAAGAGCCAGGCCCCGAUCACGCAGUCGGGAAGAGUGACCAGUCUCUUCAACCGGGAUGGCUCUGGAAGGACCUCCCGAGUGGAAAUUGGGCAGAAAUGAUGGACUUUUGGCACUGCCACAAGCCUGAUCCCCAUGAAGACGAUCCCAAAUCCGAAGCCGCGGCGGCUCUAAAGCUGGAAGACCAAAACGCCCAGAUCAAGGGAUUUGGAGCUUCCAGCCGUGUAGAAGCCAUCUCAGGGACUGUCCUGAUCGAUGUGGCCACGUUCUUGCUCUCGGAAGCAGAUUGCGUGGGACUGAAAAAGGGUAACACGGAAGAGGCACAAGCUUCUACCGCUGAAGGCUCACUGGAGAGAACUUUGGAAUGCACAAAGUGCAAAGCGAUUAUCGGCAUGGAAGACCCAUCAGCAAGGGGCUGGCGACUCCUCAAAGCGAACGCUUCGUUGAACGCCAACGUCCCUAGUUCUGGGUUAGACCAGGAACAAUGGCAGAGCCAUCCCACACAAAUGAUCGUCGCGGCACAACUGCUCGAGCUAAUUGAAAGAGAAAGUGCCCGGCGUUUUGUGGUUCACUGUGGACAAAAGAGCGGGUUACUGCUUUGGGUCUUCAACCCAGAUCUUCGAUACUCUAACUCUAGCUCGGGCCAUAGUGUCAACGCCCAACAAGCCAUGAAGGUAUUUUUCCAGAAAACGCUUGAAAUCGACAAAUUGCUUGCUCCUGAGAUUGGGAAUCCUUCGCCUUUGUCUGUGGAAGAGCUAGAAUUGCCUUCGAUGGUGUACGAAGCUUUAUCUGAAGCCCUUCAGGGUAGUAAUCAGAUGCUACCUCUGACGGCAAGAAAUUUCAAUGAAUGGCAAGUUGGACUGCUCAGUCGAUUCAGUCGAGUUCAAGCAACUUGA